AUGACAUCACAACAUUUGUCGCCCAACGCGCGUGUGAUGGCUGCAUCGGGUCAUCACGCACACAUGAAUGGAUCGGGACCAGUGAGACAAGCUUCGCUGGCUAAAUCGCUUCCUCCAGGCCUACCUCACCUUGCAGUGGCGAGUGGGACCCCAAAGACAGGGACGCCCGUGAACGCCCAGGACAGUGAUGAGGAACUCUCCGGCACACCAAAAGCACGCGAAACAUCAACAGAUCCCAAGGAUAAAGGCUUUAAUCCUUCGACUGUGCCUCGCGAGUGCACCGAUGUGUUUUGGAUCAUACCCUUUAUCAUUUGCCUUGGACUUACGGUCUUCAUUUGGAAUGAUGCUAUCAAAAAUGGAAACCUCCACGACCUUGUGAGCCUCCCAGAUCUCAAUGGCAAUCUUUGUGGCCAUGGGGUCAAUCGGGACAAGCCUUUUCUCUACUUUUGCAUGCAACAGAGCAGCCAGUGGGUCUUCCAGGGCAACGACAAGAGGUUGGACAUGGCCAACCCUGUUUGCGUGGGGAUGUGUCCCGGCACCUACAAUACAAGCACUCGGUGUUGGCUGCCGCUCAAUCAGACCUAUGCAUGGGUGCAAGACUAUCCCACCCAAGCGUUCAUCGGAAUGCUUUGCCGACCCUCACGAAAGUUUACCCAGUCACUGUCUGACCAGUUCAUGACGUUUGUGCAGACGGCACCGCCUGUUGCGAGUUUUUCUAUGAUCAUGCGCGCUUGGACCGCCUUCAUCACUGUGGCCAUUGUAGCACUGGUGUUCUCCUACCUUUUUAUUGUGGCUCUAAGCUUUUGCGCUCCUUGCCUUGUUUUGGCUGGCGUCCUGAUCGUGGUCACGGCAUCCUUUGCAAGCUCAGCAUACCUGUUCUGGUGCUCACGGAAGGAUGCGCAGAGGACGGAUCUUUGCGGCAUCAGUGAAGGAGCUUCUGCAGAGGAGUCAAUAGCUGCCUGGUCGCUGCUGGUGCUAGGGUUUAUUUUCCUAUGGAUUGGUUGUCAGAUGAGUGCAUGGAUGGAGACGGCGGUGAAAUGCAUCUCCUGGUCCUGCAAGUGCAUCCUCGCGACACCCAGCUUGUCGUUGCUACCGCCCACGACGUUAGCACUGCGAGGUGUUAGUCUCUAUGGCUUCAUUUAUGUGUGCCUCAUGUUAGCAUCCAAAGGCAUUGGCAAGUACAGCUGGGCCACAAAAUCUUCGUCAACGGAGUAUUCUACGGAUGUUCAUUGGAUGGCGCAGGCUAUAGAUCUUUCGCCGCUAGAGUGGGUGUGUUUAGUUGGCACCAUCUUCAUGGGCCUUUGGGUUCAAGGUUUGAUUACGGCCUGGACCCAUUUUGUGCAGCUCUACACCAGCCAGAUGUGGUACUUCUCUGGGGGUAUUCGUGGCACCGGCUCUGCUCCAGUGCUGUCUGUCUUCAGGGCAGGCUGCGUGGGCAUCAGGUAUCACCUGGGGAGUCUCAUCGGCGGCGGCUUGAAGCAAGUCCUGGCUUUGCCCUUCCGUCUUACUUUGGGUUGGCUACUUGAGGCCAGCCAAAACCAGUACAACCCGGUCAGCUACGUGAUCAGUGGCUGCUGCGACACUUGUUUGGGCUGCUACAAAAGGUUCUUCACACUGAUGUCCAGGAAUGCCUACAUGGAUGUGAGCCUGCAAGCAACUGCCUUUAAUGAGGCAUCUGAGCACGUCAACGCCAUCCUGGCAAUGCAACAUGAGGCUUCAGCAAUGGCGCUCUUGAAUGGGGCAACAUGGCUUUUUCAGCUCGUUGGGCUAGCUGCCAUUGCUUCCAUUGGCCACUUGGCGAUGGGCAUGGAGAUCCAGGUUGUUGACCGUUUUCACAACCUUCGAAGUCCUGACUAUGUCCAGCAACCUGAAUUGCUUUGCGUUGCUGGCGCAUUGCUGGCCUUGGCCAUAGCUUUUCCCUUCAUGAUGCUGUUUGACAUUGUGUCAGACUCCAUCUUGUACUGCAACACAGUUCAGAAAAUGAGGCACCAAGCGGUGACACCUGCACGCGUGGUGGCGGAGAUUGACCGGGCUUGUGGGAGCCGCAUCAACGGCCUCCUUUCUGGGAUGGUCGGUUGCCACUGCGCUGGCCGGGAUAGGCCCAAUGAGGAGGAAUGGGGACUUCUCAGCCGAAUGUCAUGGAGUACAGCGGCCACCUCGCCAAUUGUCGAGUCGAAGGUUAGUUUACCUGGCCGAUUGCCAAAUAGAGCACCUUCAGGACCUCAAACCAGCUGGAGCACAGUGCCUUUGAGCUCAAAGGCUGCUAGAUGA